UCCUGCAGCCCCUCAGCCAAUGCUGUGGCAAUGAGAGAGGACAAUCACUGCUGGAACUGCAAGCGUGGGCAGAUGCAGCUGGUUUCCCAUGGGGUAACCUGCCAGGAGGGUCAUGUAGGGACACUGAGGUUGCUCUAAGGUUCCUGAGAGCUCAGGUUACUGCACACCCCAGUUUAACAUCAGCCCUGCCAAGCCGUGUGUCUGUGUCUCUUACAGUUUCCAAAAUGACACACCAUACAGAGAAGCUGUUCACAGCCCUGGGGCCAAUCCUGCAGAGCACAAGCAUACGGGUCAGAGAAGCCCCUGCUUAUUUUAUACGGACAAUGGGGGCGCAUGGGGUCUUGGAGAAAUCUGCAUCAAGACUCUUAACUGACUUCUUGGUGCAUCAGUGCACCCUGACUCUCGACAGCACGGAGGAAGCAGGCGGGAGGCGCACCAUGGAGCUGGAGGUCCGCCAGCUCUGCUCCAGCACCCUGCAGUCCCUGGGUGACUCCCCCAGAAUGGCCAAUGUUUUAUGGCUUAGGCUGCUCCUUCAACUGAGUCCAGCAGCCCAUGGGCCAGCCCUGCCUCUCCUCCUGCAGACCUCGGUCGGGGUGGAUGCAGGAAGAAGGCAGGCUGCCCUUGGCCAGGAGGUGCGGCAAGGUGAACAGAGGGUGUCGGUCAAGCCCCAGGGCCACUCUACCCCAGGAGCUGCUGGUGCUCAGUGCAUCUUCGUAUAUGACGGUGCAGAUCACAAGACCUGCUUCUGCCAGAAGGAGUGGGAGCAGCAGCUGCUACAGUUCCUGGAAGACCUUCUCUUCUUCAUCUCGGACCUACCUGGCUGGGCUGUUUCAUUGCUAGUAUCAGGCGCCAGCUGGCUCACAGUGAUAAGUGGCCCAGUGACUAGGUCAGUGUGUCCUGGAAGGAAUUGGGGAUCAGUGCCUAGUUCAGAACAGCAGUCGCUACUCAGGGGCAGCUUGGGGCCAGUGAAACAGACACCUAUAGCCAGUGGGCUCUGUGCAUGCCAGGCCGUGCCCAAUGCAUCUAGCAUGAUGGUGUCUCUUUCGCAGAGCUUUCUCUACAAGUGCUGGGGCACCGUGCUGAUGUUUUCUCCAGCAGAGAGCAUCAAGCCCCAGCUAUGGCUUCUGGUGGAGAUGGUCGAUUUCUGA